AUGGCAGACCAUCAAACCUAUGAGGAAUUAAACGCUAAUCAACUGAUGGCAAACAACAAUAAUAAUUCAGUUAAUGGUAUAAACAAUGGUAACAACAAACAGGUAGCAAUGAUGAUGAAGACCCCGUCCACUGAUACUAAUGGAUCAGCUGCUGGUGGUGGUGGUAGCAAAGAUGGUACCAUCAUUGAAGUUUCCUGGCGUAAUCUGGUCUAUACAGUACCGAAAAGUCGAUUGGCCAGUCUGAUGCGUAAAGACAACCGCAAUCGGACAAUACUUAAAGGACUAUCCGGUUAUUUUCGUAGCGGUAAUCUGACGGCCAUAAUGGGUCCGUCGGGUGCCGGCAAAUCAACACUAUUGGAAUGUGUAUCGGGUUUCCGCAAAAAUGGACUCUCCGGUGACGUCAAGAUUACCGGUAGCAGUAGUAUUAAGAUCGGACUCAUAGCCCAAAAUGAUCACCUAUUGAAUCAGUUGACAGUCAAAGAGGCUCUGAUAUUUGCAUCCAAAUUGAAAAAUUACAACCAUUUGGAUAACAGUAGUAAAGAGUUGGCCGAAGUUAUUGUCGACGAUAGUUAUGCCGAAAGUCAAGUGGUCAUUGCCGGCACUGAUUCGUCGUCAUAUCACGAUAUGCUGGCCAGACAUGUCAUCAAACAGUUGGGUCUGGAAGUGUGUGCCGACACCCGCAGUGCCAACUGUUCCGGCGGUCAACGCAAGCGACUAUCGAUAGCAUUGGAAUUGAUUUCAAAGCCCAAUAUUCUGAUAUUAGAUGAGCCGACCUCUGGUCUGGACAGUUCCGCCUGCUAUCAGACCGUAUCGGUAAUGCAAGACCUAACCCAACAGAUGCAAUCGAAAAACCCGAUAGCCGUUGUGGCCACCAUUCAUCAGCCGUCGGCUCGGGUGUUCAAUCUGUUUCAUCAUGUCUAUGUUAUAUCGUUUGAUGGCCAAUGUAUCUAUCAGGGAUCACCGACGGAACUGAUCAGUCAGCUAUCGGCAGUCGGCCUGAACUGUCCACAGUUUCACAAUCCGGCCGAUUUCAUAGCCGAAGUGGCCUCAGGCGAAUACGGUCACGAAGGUAUUGUCAAAUUGGCCGACAAUAAAAAACAGGCCGACUCUCUACAGCCGCCGAUUAGCGGCCCGAAAACACUGACAUUGGCUCAGAUAUCGCAAACCCAAUCCUAUCCGAUACUAUUGCACACUUGGCUACUGUUUUAUCGGUCAUUGUUGGUCAUCCUGAGGGAUCCGAUGUUGACAUCGUUGCGUUUUAUCUCUCACUUGGUUACCGCCGUUUUCAUUGGCCUACUCUACGGCGACGCUAUCGGCGCGCCGGGCGGUUGUCCGCCGCAAGUGUCGCCGCUCAACGAUUUGGAACAUUUUGCCGAAUUUCGCGAAACCUACGAAAAAGAGACGAUAACUAUUACCGAAAAUGUGGCCUUUAUUUUCUUUACAUUGAUGUUCAUAAUGUUCGGGGCAAUGAUGCCGACCAUAAUGACAUUCCCGCUGGAUAUGCAAGUGUUUCGCAAAGAGAGGACAAACGGUUGGUACAGUUGCGGUACAUAUUAUUUGGCCAAAACACUGGCCGACAUGCCUUUCCAGUUUGUAUUUCCGGCCACUUUUACCGCUGUCAGCUACUAUAUGACCGGCCAGGAUGGUUCAGUGUUGCGUUUCGGCGGUUUUACCGCCAUUUCGAUUGCAAUUGCACUUAUAGCCCAAAGUCAGGGCCUACUUAUCGGCGCCCUAUUCAUGGAAGAUGCCAGCGCUGCCGUAUUUCUCGGUCCCAUAACCUGUAUCCCACUCAUGCUAUUUGCCGGCUUUUUUGUCCGCAUCUCAACCAUACCCAUCUAUUUCCGACCCCUAACCUACAUAUCCUAUUUGCGCUAUUCGUUCGAGGCCUACAUUGCCGUACUCUACGGCUACAAUCGAUGCCAAUGGGAUCCGUCGCUGGCCAAUCUGACCAAUGCUAAACCCGAAUGGCUAGAAUAUUUGUCCCAAAUUCUGGCACCCGAUACCAAUUUGGACAGCGAUGGCGAGUCGUCGGGCGGUGGCGGCGGAGGCGGCGGCGGCGGCGACGAUAACUUUAUACAGACAUUGUUGGACAACUUGAGCGGCCAGUUCAGCUCGAGUACCGAAGAUGACUACAAGUCUAUUGUUAUGUCACAGUUUGAGGUUACCGACGAUAGCCUGAUCUGGAACACCAUAAUCCUGAUCCUGUUUUUCGUGAUUAUGCGUAUCCUAACCUAUGGUGUACUCCUAUGGAAAGUUAAUAAACGGGAAUAA